AUGAUUCGUUUUCCUAUACUGCUGUUGGAAGCACUCGUCUUCUCUUGGUCAUACGCGACAGCCGCCGAGGUGAACCUAGACGCGAUAGUCGCCAACGUGUCCAGUUCGUCAAUAUUCGGAGUUCUGCUGGAGAAAUUCCUCGAUGCGGGGCUCAGCGCUUUGAGGGAGGCGAGAAACGAUUCGUCGCUCCCGAAGCCGGGCUUGAGGACAUGCGACCGGGCGGCCGUGGAUGCGGUGGUAGGGGCCCGGGUGGACGAGCUACGCGCGCUGCUGCACGACGACGCAAACGAAAACGAUAACGAAAACGACCAGCUGACGCUUAAGGGCGGCGACGAGACGACCAUCGUCGAGCUGGCCGCGAACGAAACGAGCAACCCGCUCAGAGACAACGUACGGAAGUACAAACGCCUGAGGAGGAAGAUACACAAGGCGCUGGUGGAGGAGUCGGUAAGCGGUCGGACGGUAGACCUGACGGUUCGCACGCUCGACGAGAUGAUAGCGGGCAUGAUAUCCAGUCGGUGCUCGUGGAAGCGGGCCGAGGCGAGGGAACGUUCGAGAAAGGCGGUCGACGGAGUCGCGAGAAUACCGGACGCCUGGCGAUCCGAGUGGAACAGCAUGCGGGAGAGGUAUUCUGAGCUGUUCGAGCCGCCGCCGGGGAACCGUUCGGGCGGAGUGAGAUCCCUGAUGGAGAAACUGCCUUCGUUCUUCGAGAACAUUCUGCGUGAGGGCGAAACGCUCGCGAGGCGGUACAGCAUAAAGUGCGAGAGGAUGGGUAGCGUCUUAGAAGCGGACCGCCUUAAUGGCGCCAACGUUUCGCGUCGAACGGACGUGUGCGGCGGGAGAGUAGUUUCGGUAUGCACGACGGAGCUGAAACGGUAUCUCGUGAGCGUGUACAAAUCGAUAAGCCUCGGCGCGGCGAAGGUGCUGAACGAUUUCGUAUCGAUGUACAGGAUAGACGUGAAUGCGAAUAGAAAGUCUAUAAACAGAGGCGUGUUGGCCGACCUUGAGUUGGUUGCGCAGCAAGCGGAAAACCACGUCUGCAGUUUGUUCACUCAGAGAGUGCGCGAGUUCUCACUGGAUAGAAGCCAAGUCCCGGAUGCCUAUAUCGAGGCGUUGCAUAAGCUGACCGAAGCUAUUAUCGAGAGAGUUAAGACGAACACGCGGCAAAAUAUACGGAGGGUGUUGAAAGAUUGGGACGCCAAGUUGAGGGAGAGGGUCGUGGCGGAUAUUAAGGCAAACAUGAACAUGGAAUUGGGUCGGAUAGCUGAGGAGUUGGACGAGAGGUCUUGCAGGCUAUUCCAAACUUGUAACAGCAGAUAUGUAGUCAAGGCUCGAAGGUUGGCUGCAUCGGGACAAAAGGGCGUAUUCGUAAAGGUACAAAUGACCUUCGAUGACGAAUCAGACUACAAUCUGAUGGAACAUUCUGGACGAGCGGAUUUCGAUAGACGCGGAGCGUUUGAGGGAAACUCCUCGCAAGUACCGUUUAAAGUAGUUCACUCUGCGAAUGAAUUUAAACAUGUAAAGCCCGCCAGUGUGACGCGCACGACAAAAUUG